UCCCCACACUGAAGCCCAGGGCCUCCAGUAGCCUCUCUUGGAGCUUGCUGGUCCCCGGAGGGACUGGCCAAUCUUGCUGGGACCAUGGUUGGACUGAAGCCUUCAGAAGUGCCUCCCACAAUAGCUGUGAAGUUCCUGGGAGCAGGCACUGCAGCCUGUUUUGCUGAUCUCCUCACAUUUCCACUAGACACAGCCAAGGUCCGCUUGCAGAUCCAAGGAGAGAAUCCAGCAGCCCAGAGAGUGCAGUACCGCGGCGUGCUGGGCACCAUCCUGACCAUGGUGCGCACUGAGGGCCUCCGCAGCCCCUACAAUGGGUUGGUGGCUGGGCUGCAUCGCCAGAUGAGCUUUGCCUCCAUCCGCAUCGGCCUCUACGACUCUGUCAAGCAGUUCUACACCCCUGCAGGGGCAGACCAUGCCAGCAUCGCCAUCCGGAUUCUGGCCGGCUGCACAACGGGGGCCAUGGCGGUAACCUGUGCCCAGCCCACGGAUGUGGUGAAGGUCCGAUUUCAGGCCAGCAUACGCCUGGGGCCGGAGAGUGACAGGAAAUACAGUGGGGCUAUGGAUGCCUACAGAACCAUCGCCAGGGAGGAAGGGGUCAGGGGCCUGUGGAAAGGAACUUUGCCCAACAUUACAAGGAAUGCCAUCGUCAACUGUGCCGAGAUGGUGACCUACGACAUCAUCAAGGAGAAGCUGCUAGACUCCCACCUGCUAACAGACAACUUCCCCUGCCAUUUUGUCUCUGCCUUUGGAGCCGGUUUCUGUGCCACAGUGGUGGCCUCCCCGGUGGACGUGGUGAAGACCCGGUAUAUGAACUCAUCCCCAGGCCAGUACCGCAGCCCCCUGCACUGCAUGCUGAAGAUGGUGGCCCAGGAAGGCCCCACAGCCUUCUACAAGGGCUUUACCCCUUCCUUUCUGCGUCUGGGAGCCUGGAACGUAAUGAUGUUCGUAACCUAUGAGCAGUUGCAACGGGCCUUGAUGAAAGUCCAGAUGAUGCGGGAAUCACCAUUUUGA